AUGGCUCCUCGCCGCUUUCUCCUCCUCCUCCCAGUCCUCCUCGUCCUCCUCGGCGCCGAUGGCUUCGGCCGUGGCGCCGGGCAGAACACCGACCAGUUCGCCUACAACGGCUUCGCGAGCGCCAACCUCACGCUCGACGGCCUGGCCGCCGUGGCGCCCAACGGCCUGCUGGCGCUCAGCAACGGCACCAGCCAGGCGGCCGGCCACGCGUUCCACCCGACGCCGCUCCGCAUGCGCAACGGCGCCGUGCAGUCCUUCUCCGUCGCCUUCGUCUUCGCCAUCGUCUCCAACUUCACCGUGCUCAGCGACAACGGCAUGGCGUUCGUGGUGGCGCCCAGCACCAGGCUCUCCACCUUCAACGCCGGCCAGUACCUCGGCAUCCUCAACGUCACCGACAACGGCAAGCCCGACAACGGCGUCUUCGCCGUCGAGCUCGACACCAUGCUCAACCCGGAGUUCCAGGACAUGAACAGCAACCACGUCGGCGUCGACCUCAACAGCCUGCGCUCCGUGCAGAACCACUCCGCCGGGUGGUACGACGACGCCACGGGCGUGUUCAACAACCUCAGCCUCAUCAGCCGCCGGCCCAUGCAGGUCUGGGUGGACUACGACGGCGCCACCACCCGGCUCGACGUCGCCAUGGCGCCCCUCGACGUGCCCAGGCCGAGGAAGCCCCUCAUCUCCGCGCCCGUCAACCUCUCGGCGGUCGUCACCGACACGGCGUACGUUGGGUUCUCGGCGGCCACGGGCGUCAUCUUCACGCGCCACUACGUUCUCGGCUGGAGCUUCGCGCUCAACGGACCCGCGCCGCCGCUCGACACCUCGAAGCUCCCCUCGCUGCCGCGGUUCGGCCCCAAGCCGCGGUCCAAGGUGCUGGAGAUCGUGCUCCCGAUCGCCACCGCGGCCUUCGUCCUCGCGCUGGCCAUCGCCUUCUUCAUGUUCGUGCGCACGCGCAUCCGGUACGCGGAGGUGCGCGAGGACUGGGAGGUGGAGUUCGGGCCGCACCGGUUCGCGUACAAGGAGCUGUACAAGGCCACCAAGGGGUUCAAGAACCGGCGGCUGCUGGGCACCGGCGGCUUCGGCAGGGUGUACAAGGGCGUGCUCCCGAGGUCCAACCUGGAGAUCGCGGUGAAGCGGGUGUCGCACGACUCCAAGCAGGGGAUGAAGGAGUUCAUCGCGGAGGUGGUCAGCCUCGGCCACCUCCGGCACCGGAACCUGGUGCAGCUGCUCGGCUACUGCCGCCGGCAGGGGGAGCUCCUGCUGGUGUACGACUGCAUGCCCAACGGCAGCCUCGACAAGUACCUGCACGACAAGACCAGGCCCGUCCUGGACUGGAGCCAGAGGUUCCAGAUCAUCCGGGGCGUCGCGUCGGGGCUGCUGUACCUCCACGAGGACUGGGACAAGAUCGUGAUCCACCGCGACAUCAAGGCCAGCAACGUGCUCCUGGACGCCGACAUGAACGGCCGGCUAGGGGACUUCGGGCUGGCGCGGCUGUACGACCACGGCGUGGACCCGCAGACGACGCACGUGGUGGGCACCAUGGGGUACCUGGCGCCGGAGCUGGUGCGCACGGGCAAGGCGACGCCGGUGACGGACGUGUUCGCGUUCGGCGUGUUCGUGCUGGAGGUGACCUGCGGGCGGCGCCCGCUGGGGUGCAUCGCGGCCGACGACCAGAACGUGCUGCUGGACUGGGUGCAGGAGCACGAGCGGCGGCGCGCGGGGCUGGACACGGUGGACCCGCGGCUGUGCGGCAAGUACGACGCCGACGAGGCGCGGCUGGCGAUCAAGCUGGGGCUGAUGUGCGCGCACCCGCUGCCGGACGCGCGGCCCGGGAUGCGGCAGGUGACGCAGUACCUGGAGGGCGAGGCGACCGUGCCGGAGGUGGUGCCGACGUUCCUCAGCUACACCACGCUGGCGCUGAUGCAGAACGACGGGUUCGACUCCUUCGCCAUGUCCUUCCCGUCCACGGUCACCACGGACGCCAGCCCCACCUCCGGCGACGUCUCGGCCGUCUCCGGCCUCUCGGGCGGACGGUGA